AUGUCUUUCCGCGCAAUUUCUAGGCAGACUAGUCAAAUUCUUAAGCGAACCAAUUUGAAAGGAUUAGAGUUUGCUUUGCCCCGGCCUUUGCUUGUCGGUUCGGUGAGAUCAUUAUCUACUGUUCAGCAUCAAUUGCCGAUAACCGGCCAAUGGAGAGGAUCUUGGCAACCUUUGGUUGGUUUUUCCAUUAACUUGUUGAAUAGGCGGGCUGUUAGAUAUUACAGUGUUAUAGAAGAAGAGUCGUCUGCUCCAGUGAUUGAUUUCAAUAAGAUGAAGGAUAUUGCUGCAGGUAAGGAUUCUACCUAUGUAAUCGUCGAUGUCAGAGAACCUGACGAAUAUAAGACGGGUCAUAUUCCUAAUGCUAUUAAUGUUCCUUGCAAAUCGUCGCCGGGUGCCUAUGGACUCAACCCUGAAGAGUUUCAUCUUACUUUCGGUUUUGAGAAGCCCGCAAAGGACAAGACGCUUGUUUUUUACUGUAUGGGAGGUAUCAGGUCUUCCAUUAGUGAAGAAUUGGCUGGAACUUGUGAUUACUCCAAGAGACUUAACUAUAAAGGCUCAUGGGAGGAUUGGGUUGCCAACAGAGGAGCUAUCGAGUAUUCACCCGAGCCAGAAUCUGCAGAGUCUACUGAGUCUACAGAACCCAGUAAGUCUGCAGAGCCCAAGGACUCUAAGAACUAA